AUGGCAGCCACUUUGAAAAACACAUUUCAAGAUUCAUCUCAAGUUGUAAAUGAGACGGCAACAACUAUCAACAAGAUCGCCAACAUCAACAACAAUAUCAAAAAAGAUCGCCAACAACAACUAUCAAAAGCAAUAUCACCACCAACAGCAGCUGCCACAACAACAGCGACGCCAUAUGUUUGGGUAGUGGUUGAGAAGGGCAUCUUAGUAGAUGAAACAAUAGAAGAACGACGCAGAGAAAUGACAGAGGAGUUCGAAAACUGCAUCCGCAAACUCGAAUGUUUGCUCAGUGUAGAAUGCAAAGAAUCUCCAGUUCAAAAUAUUGUCAAGGAAAGCUUAACAGACCAAUUGCCACAUACUGGACGCAGGCACGAAUACAACAAGUUUGGAGAUACAGGGAAGAAAAACAACAAGAAAACAAGUGAAAUGGCACCUGUUUUAUCAUUGCUGCUGUUAUUAGUCAUGAGUGCAGUGAUACACGCACGGGAGACAGCGCGAUCAAGAAUAAAGCGUGAAGACAAUGAAUUGUCCCCUCUGUACGAAGCCCAGGAUGACAUUGAGCUGUCUCGAAAGGAGCGUGGAGCUACCAUGGACAUGUCAUCAAGCAGUAGUACUAUGGGGACCAUGGACAUGUCAUCUAGUACUAUGAUGACAAAUGUGUAUGGUGGUUCCAUGGAGUUUACACUAAGCUCGGCUGUAUUAGUUGGAACUUCCGAACUCAACAAGGACAUACAACAGAAUCAGAAUUUCCUUGUUUCGGGUGUAGACUCGGAUGACGAUUCCGUGUAUUCGCACCAAUUGGACAUGUUUGCAGCACCAUCUUCUGUAUCUGGGGCUAUGAACAAGUGUGCUUAUCUGGAGCUACUAUUGGUGCAGGAGAUUCACAGGAUAACUAAAACAAAUGUUGACCAGUUACUGUACAAUAGUAGUUGGCAAGCUGCGUUAAAAGCAUUGUUAGCAAAGUAUUGCGCCCCACAGCAUGUUCCGAUUUGUGAUGCCAACUCGAGAUUCAGGACCAUUGAUGGAUCUUGUAAUAACCUGAAACACCCCAGAUGGGGCAUGUCUUUUAGAGCCCAGAGGCGCUACCGCCAGCCAGCUUAUCAAGACGGCAUCAGCACCCCUCGGAAAAAGUCGGUUACGUUCAAUGAUCUGCCAAGCCCAAGGGUGAUCAGUAACAAGGUGUUCAAGGCAGGUCCCAAAUCUGAGCUGUCAGCAGGAAUCACGUCAAUGCAUAUGUCGUUUGGUCAGUUCCUUGACCACGACUUCAUCUUCACCCCGGUCAUAAAAGGUGAAGGUGGCGCAGGAAUCAACUGUUGUGCCUCCAUGACCACAGCAAAAAGACCAGAGUGCUUUCCGAUCAUCGUGCCCCAAUCGGACAAGGACAUCAAAGAGUCUUGUAUGAACUUUGUCAGAUCAUCCGCUGCCGUCGAGGACAGAUUAAGAGGUUAUCGGGAUCAAUUGAACGAAGUGACGUCAUAUUUGGAUGCAUCUAACGUAUACGGAUCAACGAAGAAGAAGAUGCUGGAACUGCGGGAUAGCGUAAAGAAAAGAGGGUUAUUAAAAGUGGAUAGCUACAACAGGCUUCCUGUUGGUAAAACAGCGUGCUUCAAAGACACAAGUGAUGAUUACUGUCAGGACGCAGGUGACAAACGUGUAAACGUUGUUCCGAACUUGGGAGCGGUUCAUUUACUUUGGGUUAGGGAACACAACCGUGUUGUGAAAAUCCUGGCCAACCACAACCCUACUUGGGAUGACAACAGAUUGUUCUACGAGGGCAGGAAGAUCAUUAUCGCCAUGAUGCAACAUAUCGUAUAUAACGAGUACCUGCCGAUUAUUUUAAAUUCAACAUAUUUGUAUAAUCUUAAACUACAGCUGCGCCCUCUGGGUUAUAGCUACUACUAUAGAGAUAAUAUAGAUGCUACGGUCUCCAACGUAUUCGGCGCUGCCGCUUUCCGUUUCGGUCAUUCUCAGAUAACCAACAUUCAGGCGCAAUACAGCCCUUCCCAUGUGCCAACCAAAACUGUGCCUAUCGAAAAAACAUUCCAUCGCCCCCAUCUGUGUGAAGAGAUGAAAGGCAAUGGCUAUGAGGGCGUGCUUCGUUGGUUGAGUAACGCCAAAGCGACUAAAAGUGACAGAUUUUUUGAAGUAGGAAUUAGAAAUAAGCUCUUCCCCGAUCCGAAAGGCAACACUAUGGACCUCCCAGCCAUAAAUGUGAACAGAGGGCGUGACCAUGGCAUUCCGGCUUACAACGUUUGGCGAGAAUGGUGCGGCUUGCCCAAGGCUAAGACUUUCCAGGCCGGUGUCUCUUUCGGUCUAUUGCACCACACUAAAGAGGCUGCGGCAGCACUGCAAAGUGCCUAUAGUCAUCCUGAAGACAUAGACCUGUACGCUGGAGCCAUGUCGGAGACCGCCAUCAAGAACGGAAUCGUCGGUCCCACAUUUGCCUGUAUCAUAGGAUAUCAGUUCCAGCAACUUAAGCUGGGAGACAGAUUUUGGUACGAAUACAACCUUGGCCGACGUGGAUUGAAUCCAGCCCAACUUUCCGAGAUCAGAAAGUCUAGUCUCGCAAAGAUUAUAUGUAACAACAUACAAGUAACCAAGAUGCAGCCGAAGGCAUUCCAGACUGUCAGUACAACGAAUGCCCGUAUAGACUGUUCAAAAAUACCGGAUGUUAACCUCGCAUUCUGGAAUACAGAUCAGCAAUGUUCUGCGUAACCAGUGAUGACCUCGAAGAAAUUCUGACAUUCAUACUGACCUAAUUGGAUCUCUAUAUUGACGUGAUUGAAGUUUACAAAAUUUUGAAGGAAGGCUACGAGUCAACAGAUUUUUGCCAAGAAAGCAAGAGAUACCUUGGGUCAUUCACUCAGCCUAGGUAAAUCAAGAAGCAGGCUGGACAUGAGGAAAUAUUCGUUCACCCAAUGAAUUGUGGAUGGUUGGAACUUUUUACCAGAAAAUGUAGUUCAAGCACCCAAUUUAAACAGUUUCGAAAACCGUUUGGACAAACAUAAACAUUAACACAUGUAUAUCUUUGUUUAAAUAUUAUAUGGACAAGAAUCUGAAUAAAGAGGCAAUUACUAGUAUGCUUGCGUUCAGAAUUUACUAAGCUAUACUAUGUUA